AAAAGGAUAUGCAUUGCUCGGCUUCUCCUUAUUGGCGCUAAUGUUACUUGUGAAGGGAAAAUAUAACUUGACAGAGCUGCUUGUGUCUAAAUCAAAGAAAAGGGGAAGUUAGAUGGUGAAUUUAAGUAGAAAUGGGUCCCGCCAAGUGAAAUUGGGGCCUUAAAAGACUUUAACUAGGUGCUCUGCUGCCUGCAACUUUUAUGAUUUGGAAUAAACCCGGUGAAAGUUAAACAUCUGCUGACUGACGUUUGAACAAUCCGUCUAAGUGCUGUAAAAAUCUAUGCAGCUGGUGACAUCUGACCCAGGCAGGCGCGAUGAAGCAACCGGAAAUAGAAAAAUAAGCAAAAGUGAUGACGAUUUGACUCCACCUCAUGAUGCCAUUUAGCAACAGAUGAGCAACGCUGCAUGUUCAUUUCGUGCAGCCCAUAGUCAAAAGCAUUACCUGCACACUUGCGCAUUAAAAAGGAUUGUGUAAUGUUUGUCGGGGUCGCGGUGCGCCCCUUUUCCCUUCUUGGACCGUAAGCUGGCGGCUUCCUCAUCCGACCUGCGGGCGCUUUCCGCUGGCAGCGGGUCUCUCCAGUCCAUCGCUAUGGAUAUGUGGAUGAUGCCGCCGCUGCUGCUGCUGCUGUUUCCACUCCUGAUGUGGACCAGCAGCACGUUUGUGUUCUAUUUCAAAAACUUCUUCUACGUGGCUUGGAUGAUGUUCCUGGCCCUGCUGGGGAUUCCCGUCUGUUUACUAAAAAGCGGAGGCAGAGACGUGGAAAACAUGAGGGUUAUCCGCGCCUUGGUCCGCCAUGUUAAGUACUUGCUUGGCCUUCGUAUUGAAGUCAGCGGCUGGGAACAUCUGCAGACAGAAAGUCCUUAUGUCAUCAUCUCCAACCACCAGAGCUCCCUGGAUGUUCUGGGAAUGAUGGAGAUCCUACCUGACCGCUGCACCACGAUAGCCAAGAAGGAGCUAGUUUACGCCGGAACGGUGGGCCUCAUCUGCUGGCUUUCUGGCAUCGUGUUCAUCAACCGCAAGAAGACGAGCGAUGCCAAGAGCGUCAUGGUCGACACUGCCAAAACCAUGCUUGACGAGCAGCUUAUAUUGUGGGUGUUCCCAGAGGGAACACGCAACCAGAACGGUGACCUGCUGCCCUUUAAAAAGGGGGCUUUCCACCUGGCAGUGCAGGCACAAGUUCCUAUCGUACCCGUAGUCUUCUCCUCCUACAGCAGUUUCUACCUUCAGAAAGAAAAGCAGUUCAAAUCAGGGACCAUCAGGUUGAAGAUCCUUCCAAAGAUCGAGACUAAAGGAAUGACCUCAGAGGACGUGUCAUCUCUGUCCGACCAAUCGCAUAACCUGAUGCGCACCGCUUUCCUGGAAAUCUCUGGCUCCAUAACCCAGAGCAACGGGCCCCUAAAGCACUGAAUGUUGGACUCUAUAGUCCUUCUCCUGCCCCUGUCGGAGACCCCUCCCUCCCCCAGAUCUUUCUGCUUUCGCCAGGUUUGCCCAUGGCCUGACCAGGAAACGAUGUGAGGACGGGUCUGUCCUCGUCCAGUCUGCCUCUGGCCCGAUCGUACAGCUCAGUCAGUCCUGACCCUCAGCGCUGCUCUGCACGACGCGAGCGGAUUGACGGACGGCAAGCCGAACAGUAUGGCUGUGUGUCGUUCAUGCAUGCCUUUUGGAUGACUCUGUCCACCAUUACAGUUGCUUUCUACUUAGGUUACCCGAUUUAUAACUAUUUUUUACGUUCUUUUGUCUUUCUCCCCUCUUUUGUAGCAAUCUGCCUUCUUUUUGGUGGAUAAACGUUGACAGUUUUUAUUUCUGCUAUUCAUAAUGUCUCUAGAUAUUUAUGUCUUCCUCUCAUAUUACUCAUAUUAGUAUUAGUUAUUUUUCAGAUGCAAGGAUAUACUCAAAGUACCCCUUCUUCUUCCAUCCUUGGCUUUUUAGUGUGUUCUGACUUUUCUGCAUUCCAGUCUCUUUGCUAAAGCGGCCAGCGGAGCGGGAUCUCCAUGAGAGGUGGAGUGAGCGGAAGAAACACUACAAAUUCAUUACUUUACAUUCAUAUUGCCUUUCGGCUCAAUGGCGUCAGAAAGCAAGGAAUGCGAGACGCCGUAUUUAACAAUCACACCCCAUCUGUGAUGAAUUAAUGAGCUUGGUAAACUGAUCAGUGUUCUGUGUUUGUGUUCUUUGCAAAACAGCAGAAAUACCCGUCAUGCAGCGAUUAGCGGCACGUUUCCUCUGGCUGUCUUCUGUGUUUUGCUUUAUUGUUUCCACAUAGGAUUAGACCGUUUUCUUGCUUUUUAAAAGCAGCCGCAUGUUUUCGUUCCUUAGGAAGAAUUCUGAGGGCAUAUUUAAGAUGUGUCAAAAGGUGACUCUGUGUCUUGAAGUGAUGCCGUUUUAGCAUCACAGUUCCAAAGUGCAAGCUACCUGCUGUGCCAUGACAUUUCCUAUAAAAUCCUGAUUAAUUACCUUUUACCAAUAAUAUGAAGCGAGUCUAAUGGGUGUUUUCACUAAUUAUUAUCUCACUUGAUUAGCCAACUUGUACCUAGUAAGUUAAAAAUGCAUUUCAAUUGACUGAAGUCAACUUUUCUUUAUUUUAUUCAUCCGAAAAAUGUUUUAGUUGGAUGUUUUUAUUAAGUUAUGACUUCACUAGAGAAAUUGUGAAGAUUUUGGCCUUAUGUUUGAUUGGUUGUUGCUGCCGCACUUUGGAAUUUUCUGUAUAUUUUUUAAGUGUCUUAUGUACUGACAUUAACUGCUAACCAGAUCCUUUCAUUUUCUUCAUCCAGGUUUUACUCACUGCCUUCACACUAUCACCAGUUUUGCCCGUCAAACAUGGUUUAAGAAUGUACUGCAGCGUUCAGGAUCUUGUUUUGGUUUUGUUGUUUUUUUUUGUAGUUGUGGCACCCUCCAAAUUAUUGGCAACCCCCCAAAAUAGGUUCGAAAUCCUUAAAAAUGGCGCUUUAUUUAUUUGUUUUGUUUUGUUCCCAUUUUGAAGAGUGGCUUGUCGAAAUGUCCCACUGUGUCUCAUCGUAUUUAUGCACCAGGGAAACAGAAGGCCAUGGAUUACUCAUGAAAGUUCCUCAGCACUCUCACCGUAUUAAACCAGUAAAACAUAAAUUUUAAGAAAGUCCUACUCUAACGUUUCACGUGGCUUGAGGAUUCAGAGUAAGGAAUCGUUGACCAGUCCCCUUGAAAACGGUCUCUAGAUUGACCAGAAUUAUGGGUCAUCCCACAGAUUUUCUGUAGGGUUUAGGACUUGAGGCUGAGUUGAACCUGAACAAAGGUUGGCUUUGUGUCUGAAACCUUUCUUGUUAAUUUUACCCAAAUAUUUUGGAUCAUUAUUCUGCCGAAAGACCCAAAGAUCAGUUUACAGGUAGUCCAUAGGAUUUUUAUUUGAACUGUCUUGGUAUUUCAGAGUUCAUGGUGCCUUGCACUCUAAAAAGAUUCCCAGGACAUUUGGAAGAAAAACAGGCCCACAGUAUCACAAGUCCUCUACCAAAAGCUCAUAGGGUGAAUGAGGUGUUGUUUUAAACCAAAAAAAUUCAAUCUUGGUCUAAUUUGACUAAAUCACUGUGUUCCAUUUAAAGUCCCAGUAGAGUUUAACGAACUCAAUGUUUUUAAGUUUGUGAUGAUAGAAAAGGUUUUUUUUGGUUUUUUUUUUCUGGGGUGACUCUUGCCAUGUAGGUACUGUCCAAAUUCUGGAUGAUCUAGGAUCUGUUGGAGGUAAAAUAAUAAAAUAAAUGUACUCAAAAGUUGGGUUUUUCUUAAGGCUCUUUGCACAUCUGUAAGAAGGGUGCCAAUAAACACGGAGGGUGCUGGAUCAUUCUGUUCUUUAGUAAAAUCUAGAAGUUGUUUCUUUGAGCUGUAGAUUUCAAACCAACUUGUGCACACAGUUCAUCAGAGGAACUCAAUGGGUUUAUACAAGCAGAUAUUAAGUCUACACUGAUGUUUAUAGUCGAGUGGAGAGGUCGUUUUAGGAAUUCCUGCUUCAACUACAUGAGGAAGUCAGGAUGGUAUUUGUUGCUGAAGGUCAGUGAAGAAUAUACUCCAGUAGUACUAAUAACUAAUCUUUCUUUCUUUACUAGUGUAGAUUGCUUUUUCUUAUGGAAUAUUUGAACUCUGCAGCAACUUGUCCAAAUGUUGAACAGCACUCUACCAAACUGGAUUGUUCCAAAAAUCAGAAGUAUAUCCUAUAGAUUCUGUUAGUGUUUAAUUUCCAGCGGAUUUCCUGGUUUUAAUGUACUCCUUCUUUUUGUUUUGUUCGUGUCUCGAUGUUGAUCGGGAACAGCAAUUUUUAGGCACCUCUUUAAUAUGUAAGAUACUGGAAAUACUUUUAAGUAUUCCCAACUUGAUUAAAGCAUUUUUCAUUCUGGAUUUGGAAAUGGGAAAAAAAAAAAGUUUUUUCCUUUUGUUUUUUUUUUUUUCGAACCAAAGGGAAAAUGGGAUGCCUAGGGGAAAUGGAGCAGACAUCCUACAGAGCCUUGUGCGAUGGAUGUAUGUGUGUUCUGUUGCCCUGUUCUUGGUAAAAGUGAAUGCUUUGCAUUGAAGGAAAAUAAAAAAUGUUUUCUUA